UUAACCUACGGGAUCAUUUUCCAUUGUGGAACUUUGAGGAAUAUAUCCAGUUGGAUUGGGGUUGUCACUAAGGCAUUUUGUUCACAUCAAUAUGAAUUCAUUUUCAAUCAUCGUACUUCUUUCAGCGAUUUGCUUCGCUUCUGCGGAGAGUGAUAAUUGCAUGGGUGGUUGUGCCCCAGGCUAUUCAUGCCGAGUAUUGUUCACCGCCACCAUUAUGGAUCAUACGUACAUUUACCGUAAAUGUGUCGAGGAUGGUGAAACUGUUGUCACUCAGGAACUCCUGAAACCUUCCUCAAAUAGUCCGGCAGAAAACUUUCGACGAACAAUAAUCAGAACGUGCACACCUGAGACUGUUGCUGAAGAUUGUGGUAAGAAAAGGUGUUGUCUCGGUGGAAAAUAUUGUUCCCCUUUCCUUCUGAAAUAUAUUCCUUGCAAUUUGAAAAAUGCACACAAAUGUGAAUGUGCUGAUGGCCUCGUAUGCAAAGAUACGUACUCUUUCAAGAUCCCAGUAAUAGGGAUUACCCUGACCCUCAAACAAUGCAUGGAACCCGAGGAAAACACCGACGUCAAGGAAGUGGAAAUGACCGAGAACUGAUGGCUGUCAUUUGCCUAAGCCUUACUACUAAAAUUGUUCGUUGUUGUCCUUGUUCUUAGGCUGAAUAAAUAAAAUACAAAGAAUGAAAA